UAAAACAGAUUUUUUUUUCUCAAUUUUGCCCAAAACCGAAGAACCAUUCAUUUCAUUGUCCGUUGGGUUAAUGGUCAGCAACAACUGGGCAUCGUCUUCCCCAACCUGAAGUUGUCGUAGCAAAAAUAAUGGCGGUCAUUAGAACCACCUCAAACAUAAUCCUCAGAGAAAUCCUUCAUUCCCAACCCUAUUUUUCUCUAUCACCACCCUCAAUCUUCCCUAAACCUUUGCACAAUCCCAAUGCCACUUUGCCAUUCCGGCUUCGUGACAUCAGUUUCGGUCGUGUCCUAUGCGCCGCUUCGGACUCGCCCGGUACGGGUGGCAAGGUGUCUUCCCGGCUGUCGCAGAUGCAACAACUGUUGCUAGAGGCGGAGGAGCGCGCUCUAUCGGCUGACUCCGAACCCGCCCCCAAAAUCACUCUCGACCAUGUCAUUGUGAAUUUUGCAAGAAGUGGUGGCCCUGGAGGUCAGAAUGUCAACAAAGUGAACACAAAGGUUGACAUGCGCUUCAAUGUUAAAGAGGCGUAUUGGCUAAGCGAUAGAAUCAGAGAAAAGAUUCUGCAAACGGAGAAAAAUCGGAUCAACAAGGAUGGAGAACUUGUAAUUUCGUCUACAAAAACUAGAACACAGAAGGGUAAUAUUGAAGAUGCCUUGGAGAAACUUCAGGCUAUAAUCGAUGCUGCUUCUUAUGUCCCGCCACCUCCCUCAGAAGAGCAAAAGAAGAAAAUUGCUAAGCUGGCGGCUAUUGGGGAACAAAAACGCCUAAAAAGCAAGAAGGUCCAUUCUGAUAAGAAGGCAUUUCGAAGGAGUAGAAACAGUUGGGAUUAAUAACCAUCUUGCCAACUACUUUGCAGCUUGCUCUUUCAACCCAGGAAAAUAAUAUAAGAUCAAAAAGUAAUACUAUCAUCAUUCUCUGGUGAUUUGCUUCCUUCACGGGUGAUUUCUGGAAGUUUGCUAGAAAUGGAUAUAGGACAACAGAUUUUCUUCACUAGAUUGGCGCAUGAUAUAUUUGAAGCACCAGCUUAGAUUAAAUUUUAUAGGACCUCUUUUCGGAUGCGACUUGUGAGAACAUCGACUGACACACAGUAUCUCGUUUCUUUGAUGUAUGUCAAACUAAUAUCAAUUCAGUUAUAGUUUCUAUUUA